UAAGUGAUGACUUGUAAGUCAUUUUGGAGAAAAGCAUCAGGAAAAUGAAUAAAUAUAACUAUGACCUCAGGUGGAAGAUGCUCCUUUCACAAAUCAGCUUAUCUUGUGGCUCUGUACAUAUCCUCAGUUCUGGCCAAAGCUGCUUUUCAAACAUUUUCCUUUAAAACAAAAAAACAAAAAAAGGACUUCCCUUUGCCACCUGACACAUGCUGUGACACUAAAAGCACAAAAUCAUAUCUUUAUGAUCAUUCUCACCCCCACGACUGGAGCAUGAGGUUCCCCAAUAAAGGACACAUGGCACCCCAACCUCGAAUUCCACGGUUCUCUCCAACUGCCCAAACGCCUUCCACCAUCUAAACGCGCGCACACGCACACGCGCACACACACACACACACACAGAUGUGGAAGAACAGGUGCUCCACAUGAUACCUACACAAGACAAGAGUGAAAUAAACAGCGAAUAUGUACAAGGGCCCCGGAGGGCAGCAACAACUCAGGUUGUAUGCACAAGACACGGAGGAAAAGAUAUGUGUUCAACAAAAGCUUAGCCCUUCUUAGUGUUAAAAAGAAGAAAUGACAGAGCGCUGGACUGAACUCCACUAUUACUGUACAGUUAGGGGCCUCACUCAUAACUUGGCUCUGCGGCAGAAGGAAGCAGCAGCACAUGGCACGAAGGGCGCAGACCACGACCACCCCGAGCACGCAGCUCUCACAGCCCCUUCCUUUCUCGCGCGCGAUAUUUCCCACCGCUGCGACACAGCGACCACAUCGCACUCCCACGUUCUUCACGCGCUGUGGGGCCGAAGUCGACUCUGCGAUUCGCGGCGCCUCGUCCGCAGCCGCGCCGAGUGCACGUUCGCGUCGCUGCGUUGCUAUGGUAACGUGCCGAGAGCCGCGCCAGCUGCUGGCUCUUCUGCGCUCCCGGCGUGCGUUUAGUAAACAAGACACUAUUUACCGCGACCUUUUUUUUUUUUUCUAUUUCCCCCUUUUGACUAGUUAAUUAUUAUUUAAGAUCAAAUCUCCGGGUGCGCUUCCCAGCGGUUCAGCGCGGCGGAUUGCGCGUCCCACGAGAAGCAGACUCGGCGCGAGCGUCUACCGUCUAGGCAACGAAAACACUUGCUUUCCUCUAGAAGGUGCGAUGGUGCUAAAGGUUGGCCAGCCGGGCCCGGGGACGAAAGGAGGACCGGUGGUCUCCGCAGGGGUCCUCUCGGCCCAGAUCAAAGUGACGAACCGGCCGGUCACUCAACAGGGUUUGAGUGGCAUGAAGACUGGCAUGAAAGGACCUCAGAGACAAAUCCUGGACAAGUCGUAUUUCCUCGGAUUGCUCCGCAGUAAAAUAAGUGAACUUACGACGGAAUCCAGCAAGCUGCAAAAGCAGAUCGACACGUUCAACCAGGAGAACUCGGUGUACUUGGUCUACGAGAAAAGGGCUGAAGGUCUCGCUGGUGAAAUCAAAGAUCUUCAAGGGGAGCUGGCAGACUACAACAUGCUGGUGGAUAAGUUGAACACCCACACCGACAUGGAGGAAGUCAUACAAGACUUUAAUUUGCUCAAAGUGCAGAAUGACAGAGAGGGUCAAAAUAUGGAUGUCAUUUUCAGAGACAGACAAGAGAAAGAGGAGAUGAUCCGAGUGUCUGAGAACGAAGUUGAUGCCGAGAAGCAGGUCACGGACACCAUUUUGAAGAAAAUGACCCUGCAAAAUCAGGUCAAGUACACCGAUAUGAAAACGGCCAAAGAAGAACUCCUGCAGGAGUUAAAUCGCUGUCAGCAAGAACUGGAUGCCCUCAUUACUCAGAAAGAAAUUCUGGAAACUGGAAUCACCCAUUCACAGGUGAAGCAGGAAGCACUGCUGCUGCAUGAAAAGUUGCAAAAACUGGAGCAACACAGAGAUUCCAUGGCCUCGGAAAACAACAACCUGGGCUCCACAAAGGAGAGAGAACGGUUGCUCAGACAGGUCAAGGAAGACAAUCAAGACAUGGCAAGUAUGGAACAAGAGUUGACUCACAUACAAAUGAAAGCCAGCAAGAUUGCUGAGAAAAUCCAACAACUCGACAACGACAUUGAAGGAUAUGAAGGGGAACAAACGCAGAAAUACAAAGAAUUGAAAAAAAAGGAGGAGAACAUGGACAAUUUUCUUGAGUCUUUUGAAGACACAAAAGCAGAGGAGCAGGAGCGUAAUUUGCAGAUGAGGGCUGGCAUCGUGGCAUUGCUUGAACACACGAGCAGGAACAUGAAUCGCAUGAACCAAAUUCCUUCUGUCUCUGCUAACGAAUUAAAGUCUAUGCAAGAAGAUCUCGUCUUAAAGGAGACGGAAAUGCACAAGUCCCAAAACACUGCUCAUGGGUUAACGUCAGAGAGCCAAAAGUUGCAACAGGACUUCCAGAAGGUGGAAAAACUAGAGAGCAAAAUCAAGAUAGAGCUCAACGGCCUCAAAGAGAAGAUCUGGCAUAUGAGCGAAGGCCUUUGCACCUACAAUAACUUGAACGAAUUUAAGGCAGCUGGAGAGGAGAAGAAAAAGAAACUGCUGGAAGACAUGAAAUCACUCACUCAGAAGAGAGAAACCUUUAAAAAAGCCACGGUAAAAAUGACCAAUGAAUACGAAGCACUUAAGGCUCAGCUACAAGAAAAUGAAACUCAUGUGCAGCUAAGCAACUUGGAAAAGAAGUGGCAACACCAUGAAAAGAACAACUAUGUCACGAGGGAGUUCGUCGCGUCAAAGGGAAUGGAAAGUGACUACCAUCAUGUUGUGAAGAAUGUAAUCAAACAGCUCGCGGAAUACAAUAAGACACUCGUAGAUGCAAUUCCGGCCACCAGAAGCUGAGACAUCCGUCUUCUUCCAUCCUCCAUCCUUCAUCUAUGGCCCUGGAUCCAUCUGUAUGAAUAAAUUCAGCAUCGUAAACGGACCGAAAAGGAAUACCUACAUGCUCCUUGUCAAUUAUACUGAUACAAAUGUUUUGCUUAGUCAUCUUUCAUAUAUUUUAAAUAUAUUACUUUAAAUUAAAUUAAGUACACAUUUUUACACACUCCUACAUUUUCAUCGAGAAUCAUUGUACAAGUUGUUUUCUGUCUGAUGUCAAGACACUUGUGUCUGACUAAAGUUCUUUACUAUCCGGCAUAUUGUUUCCCCAGAAGGUUGAUACCACAGAUUCCUCUUUCGCCGUAUUUCAUACCGGGGACACCUGCUAGCAUCGUGGCUAAAGGUACUGCCUUCAAAACCAGGGGUCACGGGCUCAACUCUCACCUCCUACUCUAGUGACCUUGAUCAAGGUAUUGAGCCUAAUCUGUAACAGUAAAAAUUACCGAGCUGUGCAAGUAAAAAACGUUAAUUCACAGAGCAUAAUGCCAUCUUUGCUGCCGUUACUUAUAUCAGCAAAUUAAAAGCUACUAAGAAAAAGAACUAACAAUAACACAGGAUUCCGCACGAGCGACGUGGCUGCUGAGAGAAUUUUUAACAGCCUUCGGCUCCAUGCAGAUGGAAAAGUCUUUUCCGGCGGCCCGAUCGCUUCUGUAUAAUGGAAGUCUGACUAAAGAGCGCGAACCCAUCAGCGCUGGGCAGACAGCAGGUCCUACCUUGGAGGAAGGCUUGUCAAUCACGCUAAACUGCAGGCAGAGGGAAAGCUGAGGGUUACACUACAUCGGUUAGUGCGCCAGCACCAGCUUCACAUGGCUUUCAGAAAGAAGUGGAGAGCUUUGGAGGAACAAAUGCUUGCAAACACACCGGCGCUGGGCCCGUGGCUCUCGGUCAAACCCCUGGCCGGAGGUCCGGCGAGAGCAGAAUGCGAUAGCUAGCCCUGUUGGCGCUAUUUGGUUGGCGUUAAGCUUCCAGACAUGCAGCUGAGACGUACACGGAGGUAUAUAGCAUCCACACCAAGACAAAGUCGCUCCAACUUGUUGUAUGUAACAAGAAAAAAGAACCCUCUCGAAUAAAAAGAAAUAUUUUCUCCUGAGUUGUCUAAAACACGAUGCUUUAAAAUCAUCUCCGAGUGCAAACGUUCACUUAAAACAUGAGUCCGAAACAAUUAUGAAAACGUAAAACGCAAAAGUGAUGAGCAAACAGCCACACGCAGCUUUUCUAAUCUUCAUCACCCUAACAAAAACAAUACAA